AUCAUCAAUCAUUGAAUGAUGACCGCUAUCGCCGUCUGUCGCAAACAAUCGUGACCUGCUGGCCUUCCUCGACACAUUCAACCCCCACGAAACGAUCUCCACGAUCACCUCUCCCCCGGGGAUUCGAACCGCCGGCCCCGAACCUGCGCUCCUCUCGCUCCCGAAACAUGAGAUAAACACCCACCCCCCGCCGAAGAAGAAAAAAAAGACCCCUUCAGCGCGUAAAACUGCCCAUCAUGUCGGUCAGCUCGGGUCAAUCGCUCCAGCUGGCCGACUACCUGGAGAAGCUGCCGGGCACGACCUUCAGGAAGCUCUACCUGCAGCCCUCGACGGCCUUUGCCAUCUUCCGAAGAAUGAUUCCGCCGUUGGGUGAGCAGCAGCCCGUCUUCCCCGACUGACACGCGCGCGCGCUCGUCGUGCGUGGGGGAGGGUUUUUCGUCGUGCUUUGUCGGAACGCAGGUUUACUGAUCCCGGAGCCCAACCAGCAAAGACCAUAGUCAUGGCCAUUCUCUAUAUGCCCAAGCCCAUGUUGUUGGAGGACCUGGAUGUCUGGGUCAAACCAGAAUCGCGAAGGCAGAAAGACCAGGCCAUCUCGACCCUCCGCAGCCUCCACAUCCUCCAGAUCACCGUGCCCUCCAAGGAACGCCCCCAGGAGAUGCAGCUCACCACCAACUUCAAGAACUCGCUGCGUCUCGCCCUCGAGGGCGGCGGCACCCACAACUCGUUCGGCGUGCCCUCCUCCCUCCCCGUCCCGCCCGAGAUCACCGUGCCCUUUCUCGACCGCUACGCCCGCCGUAAGUGGGAGGACAUCCUGCACUACAUUGUCAACACGGUCAACCCUGGCGGCGCCGACCUGGGCGGGCCUAAGUCGUCCGUUAAGAACCUGCUCGUCGCUGGCCAGCUCGUCCGCCGCCAGGGCUCCGCCGUCGGCAUCACCCAGGCCGGCUUCACCUUCCUCCUGCAGGAGGCCAACGCCCAGGUCUGGACCCUGCUGCUGCUGUGGCUUGAGGCCACCGACCACGCCGAGGAUGCCGCCGGCAUGGAGAGCACCGACAUGCUCAGCUUCCUCUUCCUUCUCGCCAGCCUUGAGCUCGGCCGUCCCUACGAUACGAACGCCCUCACCGAGGCCCGCCGCAACAUGCUCCCCAGCCUCCUCGACUUCGGCCUCAUCUACAUCCCCUCCCACAAGCCUCAGCAGUACUUCCCCACCCGCCUCGCCACCACCCUCACCAGCAGUUCCAGCGCCCUUCGCAGCGCCGGUGCCGGCUUCUCCGCCGCUCUCGCCGCCGCCACCGCCGCGCGGCCCUCCAACGGCCUCACCCCGGGCGGCGGCGGCGGCGGCGGCGGCGAGGACGGCAAGGGCGGCAGCGGCAGCAUCAUCGUCGAGACCAACUACCGCGUCUACGCCUACGGCCAGACCCCGCUGCAGAUCGCCGUGCUCUCCCUCUUUUGCAAGCUCAAGCUCCGCUUCGCCGACAUGGUCUCGGGCCGCCUCACGCGCAACUCGAUCCGCAACGCCGUCGAGCGCGGCAUCACGGCCGACCAGAUCAUCUCGUACCUCGCCGCCCACGCCCACGAGCAGAUGCACCGCAUGGCCGCCGCCCGCAGCCGGCCCAUCCUGCCCCCCACCGUCAUCGACCAGAUCCGCCUGUGGCAGCUCGAGACGGAGCGCAUGACGACGACGAGCGGCUUCCUGUUCCGCGACUUUGACAGCCCUCGUGAGUACGACGAUAUCGCGGGCUACGCCGCCGAGAUCGGCGUCCUGGUCUGGCGCAAUGACAAGCUCGGCAUGUUCUUCGCGAGCAAGCACGAGCAGAUUAGGGACUAUCUCAAGCUCAGGAAGAAGGCGGAGGACUAGACCCAUGGCGAUGGUGCCUGUACGUACUGUGAUGAGAGAGAGAGACAGAGAAAGAGAGAGACAGAGAGGAGCAUAGAAAAUGGCGAGGCGCCACACCACACUGGGUCACUGAAAUGCAUUAGCAGGCGUUUGGGGAUGGACAUGGAGACGGUCGCGCUCCAGUG